AUGGCACGGCUCUCGGUCUCUCUAGCUUAUGCUUUAGCCUUCGUUUUUGUAAUCAAUGUUGCAUUGGCUGAGUACGAGCCAUAUACUUCCAAUUACAAAGAAACUUCCUACGAGAAACCAAUUGCAAAUGCCAAUGUAUAUCAUCCUAAACCAGCUUACGUCACUCCCCAAUAUGUACCUUCAAAAGUCUACCCAUCACCAGCUUACGUUGUUCCAAAAGUUUAUCCAUCAUCACUUUAUGUAGCUCCCAAAUAUGUUGCUCUCAAAGUCUACCCAUCACCGGCUUAUGUUGCUCCCAAAGUCUACCCAUCACCGGCUUACGUUGCUCCAAAAUAUGUUGCUCCCAAAGUUUAUCCAUCACCUGCUUACGUCUCUCCCAAAUACGUUGCUCCCAAAGUCUACCCAUCACCGGCUUACGUUGCUCCCAAAGUCUAUCCAUCACCGGCUUAUGUUGCUCCAAAAUAUGUUGCUUCCAAAGUUUAUCCAUCACCAGCUUAUGUAUCUCCCAAAUACGUUGCUCCCAAAGUUUAUCCAUCACCAUCUUACGUCGCUCCCAAAGUUUACCCAUCUCCAGCUUACGUAGCUCCUAAAUAUGUGUACCCAUCACCACCACCACCACCAGCUUAUGUCGCUCUAAAAUAUGUUUCUCCCAAAGUUUAUCCAUCACCAGCUUACGUCUCUCCCAAAUACGUCUCUCCCAAAUACGUCGCUCCCAAAGUUUACCCAUCACCAGCUUACGUAGCUCCCAAAUAUGCGUACUCAUCACCACCACCACCAGCGUACGUCGCUCCCAAAUAUGUCGCCCCUAAGGUAUACUCAUCACCAGCUUAUAUCGCUCCCAAAGUUUAUCCAUCAUCAGCUUACGUCGCUCCCAAAUAUGUGUACUCAUCACCGCCGCCACUAGUUUAUGUUGCCCCCAAAUAUGUCGCUCCAAAAAUAUACCCAUCACCAGCUUAUGUCGCUCCCAAAAUAUACCCAUCACCAGCUUACGUAGCUCCCAAAUAUGUGUACCCAUCACCACCACUACCUGCCUACGUUGCUCCCAAAUAUGUUGCUCCCACGAUCUACCCAUCACCGGCUUACGUUACUCCUAAAGUAUACCCAUCACCGGCUUACAUCGCUCCUAAAGUCUACCUAUCACCGGUUUAUGUAGCUCCCAAAUAUGUUUAUCCAUCACCACCACCACCUGCUUACGUAGCUCCUAGAUACGUAUACCCAGAACUACCACCACCUACUUACGUGGCACCCAAAUAUGUCUAUCCAUCUCCACCACCACCAGCAUACUACUACAAGUCUCCCAAACCAUCAAAAUAUACUCCAUCAGCACAUUACCAUAGACCCCUACCAGCACCUGCAGCUAAACCCCGUUACCCCAAGUACAACUACUAA